CGCUGACAAAAUUAGUUUUCACUCAAAUGGCGCCACAAUACAGUCAGCCCGCAAACAGACAUAGAAAAACUGACGGCAGCAGGCACGAUACGAACGUUUCUUCUCAUCAAAAACCACCUCAAAAGUCCGACAGAAAACCAACGCUAGGGGUUGUUCAAGACGUGUCCACGAACUGGACCCGAACAGCUCCGAACCUUACCUCUACGACUCAGCGGGACGCGUCUAAUUACUGGAUGGUCAAAAUGGCGGCACAGUAAAGACCAAAGAGAUUUCGUAAGGACAAUAAAGUGUGGUUUCAAGAGUGAUGGCGAUUACAAAAAGUCCGGUGAGGAGAAGAAGAAGACGAGGAAGGCAACGCAGCUGGACGAGGCGGUGACGGGGAAGGUGGGGAGGCCGGCGCUCACAGGCCCUGCUGGGCCAGCGAGGCGCUCACCUGGUCGGCCAGCGUGGACAGUUGAGGGGGGUCGGCCAUGUUGAGGCUGCCGGAGGACGACACGGUGCUGAGCUGUUGGGGGGAGUCCUCCAGCGACACGAUCUCCGCGCCGUGGUCGGUGCGGGCCUUGGCGGUCUCGCGGAAGGCUGCAGGUGCACGCCGGAGGAGGUUUCGCCGCUUCCCGCCAAACAGCUUGCUUGUGCACUGCAGCAGCGUUUGUUUGGUGCGCGCACGUGAGAGAGACACGCCGAGGGAACACACUGCGCACGCUCGGUCCCGCCGGGAGGGAGGGGCAGAGGUCCGCAUCACGGCAUCGCAGUCUGCUUCCACCUGACGUGACACAGACCGCCACGAGCACGCGCACGUGCGCCACGGGGACCGACUGCAGUGGUCCGGUACGCGUGUCGGCGCCCACAUGAAGCCGCUGGCGUCUCCUGGUGAGAGACCUGAAAAGGUUGAGUUGAAGGAGAGACAUAGGUCAAUAUCAAAGGACAAAGGGGGGGGCAUGUCCCAGUCAGGGAAAGUGCUCCAUCUGUACGUGGAAGUGAGGUCAGCUUCGGACCUGAAUGGAGAUAAGAAGAUGUUUGGAGACAGUGAACAGGGUGCUCCUCUGGACCACUCAGGACUUGAAGAUAGCCCUGAUGAGCUCCUGUCCCAGCUCAACAGGCAGAACGCUUGUGAGACCUCGGCCAAGCCCACCACUGCUCCUCACCUGCCCCAGCAGUCUCAGCUCCAACCAGCCAGCAGCUCUCCAGCUGCCUCAAAGGUCCCGCCCACAUCCUCCAGCUGCUGCAGGAAGGAUGGGAACGACGGGAAACGGUCUGUGGUCACCUUCCGUUAUGUGCACAAGUCCAACGUCAAGACCUUAGGGAGUCCUGGUUGUGAUCCACAAAGGAGACAAGAGAGUCCGGGUUCUUCUUGCAGCUCUAGUCCCAAGAUGACAUUCCCACUUUCAGGUUCUCCAGGAAGUCACAUGGAAACGAUGUGCGACCUUCACUUGGCAGCAACGGACCGCGUUGGCCAGGCUGCCACUCAAAGAGCUUUGGAGGAAUUUGGAUCCCCGUUACUAAGAAUCAAACUGGCACAUGCGCUUCAGCGCUCGUCACCGCCACGGAGAUAUCACCCCGCCCGAUGUCAGUCCUGGGCUGGCUCCCCUGUCCAGCAUAGCGUCUACACCAAAGACAGCGGUGGGACGCGAGGGUGGCCGUCCACACGACUCCAGAACCCCCUUCACCACUCAGCCAGCUCCACCCCUCAGAAACCCGCAGACAAGGCAACGAUCCGACUUGGUGAUAAUGUUAUCCAAGGAUUAAAUCAGUUAAGUGACGUCAAUAGAUGUUCCGCCUGCUGGCUCCAUCCCAAAGAAUCCCAAACCUGGUCUCCAAGUGGUUCAGGUGCACAGCAAUGCCUGAAGAUGAACAUCCCAGUCCCCGUUCUAGGGGGAUCGCUCCACCAGUACAAGCAAAACCAGAGCUCAGCACCACCGUCUCCGUCCUUUUCCUUUCCUGGAAGUGUCCACCGCCCCUCUCACCCCCCAACUGAGUUUAGUUCCCCCAUCAGGGACCCCGGGCUGUCCCUGGCCAAGCUCCGAGAGAGCCCAACCCUGCAUCGGUGUCAGCCGCCACAAUACGCUGGCGGGGACAGGAGGGUCACAAGCUGUCGGGAAAGGGGGACACACAUGGAAUUGGUCCCUAGAGACGUCCUCAGCCAGACGUUUGAGGGGACACCCUCUCUGACUCUCAGAGAAGAGUGGGGGAGCCCCCCAGGUCUGGACCAUGCAAGUGAACAGACUAGUCAUGGUCGCCCCCUGAGCCCAACAUCGCUGCAUAAGCAGGCUGAGCAGAGAAGGCGGGAACGCCUCCUUCUGGGACCGGUGGUCCUGGACUCGCCUGACAAGGAAGAGGAGCAGUGGCCACGAUCGCAGGGACCGGACCACCUUUCAGAGACGACCAGAAGAUCCUCACAAAGCUCCAGUGGGGUGACGGGCAGUUUGGUGGACCAGGACUACACAUCACCCGAGUCGCUUCGAUCCUGCCACCAAGACAACGAAACGGUGGCUAGCAGCUCGGGAAUCCAGACGGACAGCGGGGCGCCGAUGCCAUCGCUGCACUGCCAGAAGAUCGCACGCGCCAAGUGGGAGUUUCUCUUCGGACCUGAAGGGGGCGCCAGCAGUGGACCCAGAAACUUUCUGGAAGCUUCCACGGCGCCCCCAAGUGGAAACUCCAGCGAGUCGCCCACUCCGACCCCCACCUCCUCCCUGCCUCCGCUCACUCCAAAUCAGGAAGUGCAACACGUGGAGGUGGAAUUGGUGACCAAGCCCCCUGCAGCGACUGGGACAUCCCCCAAAACGGGCAUCAUCCGUCGGACUCUGAAGUACUCCGAGACGGACCUGGACGCCAUCCCGCUGCGCUGCUACCGUGAGACCGACAUCGACGAGGUGCUGCUCGCCGAGCAGGAUGAUGCUGACUCCGCGUUUGGGAGCAACCGCAGUGUGCAGCAGGCGGGCAGGAGUCCUCUUGGGGGUGUGGCCUACACAAGACAGCAUGAGGAUGAGGGGCAUGAAGAUGAAGGAGUCCUCGGAGGAGAGGAGGAGGAGGAGGAGGAGGAGGAGGAAGAGGUGGUGAGCUGGGCCAGUGUGAGGAUGCAAGGAGACAACAGGAAACAGUGGUAUGUUGCUGAGGAAGAACCGGACCACUUCCGCCACCUAAAGAGGCCGACAGAAACCUUCUUUGACAAACAUCAUCCGGCGCUCAAAUCCCCCAUCUUGGUCCCGGGUCCUCGAUGUGGCACCGAUGACACCUUCAGCCGCCAUUUUGAGAGCAUCAUGGAGUCCCAUCGCGCUAAGGGGACGUCCUACAACAGCCUGGACAGCGAGGAUCUGCUCACCUCCAACGUCCAAACUGUACUGACGGCGGACGUGCCCUCGUUCACACCCGCCGUGCACACGCCGCCCUCUGCCAGCACACGCCACAUCGUCCAGCUCAGCUUCGCACCUCUGGCCGCCCAAGAGAGACCCACCUUCUCCGACUCCAUCGUCACGGCGAUGGCUGACUCGGACGCAACCCGAGCGCCGUCCAGCGAAAGGCUGAGCAGCGCCUCUGAGGACACACCCCCCAGGAGGCGUGACUACUCCCAGCUGGGGAGCAGCUGGUGCAGCCUGGUCCCCUCCCCCUCGUUGUCAAGCAGGGACCACCGGGUGGCCCAGUGGGACCACCAUCUCAGCACCGACACGCUCACCAACACCAGCCACCUUGCCAACAUUGCCGCCGCCAAACGCUUGGCCAAGAGACUCUUUGACUUGGAUGGCUUCCGCAAGUGUGACGUGUCCCGACAGCUCAGCAAGAACAACGACUUCAGCCGCUUGGUGGCCGACGAGUACCUUAGUCUGUUUGACUUCUCGCACCUCCACCUGGAUGGCGCUCUCAGGUGUGCGUGCAUACGUGUGUGGACCCUGCUCGGCAUUGCCCUCUGGUGGUGGACUGUCUUGUUGUUCCAUAUUCAUUUAUUGUACUGCUCAUUUUUGCGUGUGUUCGUGUACGUGUGUCUGCGCAGAAGCUUCCUGAAGCAGGUGGUCAUCAUGGGGGAGAGUCAGGAGAGGGAGAGGAUGCUCUCACAUUUCUCCAGACGUUAUUUGCUCUGCAACCCAACAAUGUUUGCCACAGAUGAUGCCGUGCACACACUCACGUGCGCUCUCAUGCUUCUCAACACUGACCUGCACGGACCGAACGUGGGCAGGAAGAUGUCAUGGCCGCAGUUUGUCGAUAACCUGCGAGGACUCAACGACGGUGGCGAUUUUCCCAAAGAUCUGCUCAAAGCGCUCUACAACUCCAUCAAGACUCAGAAGCUGCAGUGGACACUCGACGAGGAGGAACUGCGGAAGUCCUUCUCAGAGCUCGGGGACAGCUUGGGCGAUUCCUCCAGGUCUGUGAAGGGGGCGGGCGGUAGUAAGGCGGCGCCGGAGGACACGCCACCCGGGACACUGAUGUACAAGAACGGCUUCCUGGUCCGGAAAGUGCACGCCGAUUCGGACGGCAAGAGAACGCCAAGGGGGAAGCGAGGCUGGAAGACCUUCUACGCCAUCUUGAAGGGACUCAUUCUCUACCUGCAGAAAGGCGAGUACCGACCCGACAAGCCGCUGUCGGACGACGACCUGAAGAACGCCGUGUCCAUCCAUCACUCGUUAGCCAUCAAAGCCUGCGACUACAGCAAACGCGCCAACGUCUUUUAUCUGCGCACCGCCGACUGGAGGCUCUUCCUCUUCCAAGCGCCGAACGCCGAGCAGAUGCAGUCCUGGAUCACUCGGAUUAACACGGUGGCUGCCAUGUUCUCCGCUCCACCCUUCCCGCCAGCCAUUGGCUCCCAAAAGAAGUUCAGCCGGCCGCUGUUGCCGGGGACGACGUCCAAACUCUCUGAGGAGGAGCAGAUCCGAUCCCAUGAGGCCCGGUUCCGGGCCGUGGCCUCAGAACUCGCUGAGCUACGCUCCUACCCCCCUGACCGCAAGGUUAAAGGUCGUGAACUCGACGAGUACCGCCAGAGAGACGAGUAUCUGGAGUUUGAGAAAACACGCUACGAGACAUACGUCACGUUGCUGCGGGCGAAGAUCCAGAGCGGCGAGGAGGACUUGUCUAUGUUAGAGUCACAGCUCCUGGAGGACGGCGGUCUUCAGCGGGCUCAGUCCAGCCCUACCCUGCGGGACAGCAGUCAAGCCAGCAGCACCCGUGACGGCGGCGGAGGCGGCAGAGCAGGGGGCGGAGGCGCCGGCAAGCCUCGCCAGGACGGCCAGAGACACAGCUACCGACAGGCUGUCAAGAAGUGAGAGGCGGGGACCCUGCUUUGGUUUUUAUUUGACACCCAGGAAGCUUUGGAGGAGCGAGGGUCCACCCAACCUCCCCUCGCCAGCGCCGUGCCCAGCACCCGGGCACCCGGGUCAUGUGAUUGGCUAGGCGGGGGACUACGGCGCCCAAUGCGGCGUAUGGCGAGAACAGGAAGGUGCUGAUGAGCGCCACAUAAACUUUUUUUUUCCGCCAUGUUUGUCUCUGAUUGUCAUGUUUUCGGCCGCCAUCUUGUCACACUGUCUUGUGUGGCCUCUUUCCUUUUUUCCUUCUGUGCACGUCAGCCACGCCCACCAGACUGAUACGGAAUGUUCUUCCUCUGCUGCUGACUUACUGCCUGACGCUGGUUUGGUUGCCACGCUGUGACAUUGACGUCAGCUUCCAUGCUGUCAAUCGUCAUCUUUGAUUGAAUCACAUUUUUUUAAAGAUGGAGACCAAACUUUUUAAGCACCGGUGAAUUGUAACAAACACGACCUUAGAGGAUCUAGAAGGUUCCGUCAUUGACUUGUGUGUGCUGGUUACCAUAUAACAGGUGGACGCAGGCAGCCUGCUCCCUUGACUGAGAGCAGCUCGUGCUGUGACGUCACUGUAUGGUCGCCAUGGCGACGGCUAAGCGGUUGAUCUUGAUUAGUUUUAAAGUUUUCUCCACUUGUGAAUGUAAAUAAAGCAUGUUGGUUUGA